AUGUCAACUAGAACAGAAAGAGCUUGCAUGCUAUGUGGUAUAAUACAACCCGUAAAGACUUUCAAACAAGACGGGUGUCCCAACUGUGAAGGGUUGUUGCAUUUUCAAAAUAAUGACCAAGAUUUCAAUCCAAUAACCGAUUGCACAUCGCCAUCAUUCGAAGGAUUGGUAGCCAUGGGAGAAGAUGACAAGGAAUCAUGGGUGGCGAGAUGGCUAAGAAUAGAUAGUUUUGUUCCAGGUCUAUAUGCUGUCAAAAUCAAUGGUAAGCUACCUCCCAUAGUGAUUGAACAUUUGGAAGCCCUGGAUGUCAUAUAUAGACCAAGAGAUGGAAGUGCAGAGGAUUGA